AUGUCUUCAUUCAUGCAGAAGGCUCGGGAGCGUGCCAUGGAGGCUGCUGCCAAAGCUCAAGAUGCUGCUUCGUCCUUCAGUGGGGCCCACGGCAGCCCCAAUGCCAGUCAAGCAAGCGGGCACGGCAGCAACAGCACCAACAACAACAGCGGGUGAGUGGCUGGUGAGAGUCGUUCGCAUGCUCGAAUCAUGUGGCACUGAUCAGGAUCGCCUCACAUCUAUGCACCCAUCUCCAGCGUGGGAGGCUACACUGGUGCGCUCCCGCACGUCCUACGACAAGGUGUGGCGCAGUUCUAUCCACGCAGCGAGUUUGACUCUCGCAGCUCGCACGUCCUCAGCUCUGCGCUCAAGAGCGUUUCGAUCGAUCACGAGGCUCUUGCCAGAGAGACAAAGACGGCUGCCAAGUCUGCUUACCUAUGGGGUCAAGAUCAAGAUCCGUACAAGCGCGAAGACGGCGCAGGAGAUGCCGCCCUUGUCGACGUGUGAGUAGGCCUUGCUUCUUCCCUUGGCAUACCGGUGCUGAUCGUAACAAGGCUGCUCAUUACGACAGUAUGGACCGCCUUGCUUUCCUUUUGACCACUGUAGGUGAUCUCGAGACCGCCCACGUCUCGCAGCUCGAAGCAGCCAGGUCCACUUUUAAACGCGUUGUCAAGGCAGAAGCUGACCUGGCAAGCAAGCGCGAACGUCGCGUCAAGAUUCAGCGAGAGCUUGCGACGCUCAUGCCUGAGCAGGCAAAGGGCAACAGAGAGCGAAUCGGGCCUCUUGAAGCAAAAUUGAAGGAAUUUGAGCAGGAGGAUAGAGAGGCGGAAGAGGAGCUCGGUCGGCUCAAGCGCGAGAGCAUUCGCGACUCCUUCGAGACCCACUUUGACGCCUUGGCAGUGCUCGGAGAAAAGGUGCGUCCAAUGCCAAGUCUCGAAUGCCUUCCUUCCGCUUGUCAUUCUAAAAGCUUAUUGUGGAAUCUUUUCCUCUCGGGUAUGCAGCUUUCCAUCGUGGCUCGUCAUGGCAAGCUUUUGACCCACCAGCUGCCAGUGUAUGCUCCCCCUUUUCCAGCUCCACGGGUCAAGGCUGGACCCAAUGAACCCCUUUGGCCUGGAGCCUCUCGCACCGCUGCUAUACGUGCAGCGGUUGGACCUGCUCUUGCUGCGUACCACCCCGCUGCACAGCUUCCCGAACUGGAUCUUCCCGCUGAAGGUGGACCAGUGAAAGCUUCUUUGAGCCGCAAAGAUACGGAGAGUUACGGUGUCAGUCAUGCGGCAGAGCUGUCUGAUCAGCACAUCGGUUCGAGUGCAUCGUCGCCACCACAGGCAGGAGGCGGGGACCUGCAGCGCAUCGAGUCGAGCUCUUCCGUCACCGGUCAGAACCACGCUGCUUCUGGAUUCCCUCUUUCGCCGCCCCAAGGGUCACCGAACGAGCUGCUUUCGAACAUAAACAACGCGCCAGCAAAUUUGCCUUCCUCUCCGCCAAUUGGAGCACACACUCAGCCGCAGCGUCAUCGGGUUCCGCCCAUUCCUUCUCCCACUGCACGACCUGCGGAUGCAUCUAACCUCCCUCCAGCGCCGAGUCAUGAGACCGACGUCAAGGGAGACUUGGCCACGGGGCCCAUCGUCGCAGAGACUGGACAGCCAAUCGUGGGCCCAGGUGGUCCUUCGAGCGGACAGCUGAGCCCUCGCGUACCACGAAAGCCUUCUGUCACUGCUCACGCAGCUACGGCGUCCGGCAAUGCUCCUUCGGUCCCGACCGCAGAUUCGACGGCCGCUGCUGCAUCCAGCUCUUCGCCUCUGUCUGCCCAACCUGCCUCUUACUAUGAGACCACAUCUGAUGCUAGGGCGCGCAAAGAAGCGGAAGCUGCAAGAGAGAGGAAAGAGGCUGAAGCGAGAGCUGAGCAGGAACAGGUUCGACAGCACGUCGUCUCGGCUCGUUUGAGACGCGAUGGGACCAUUGUGAGGCGCGGAGAACAGGGUUUUGCAGAGGCGGAAGAGGAGAACUUGCCUCCUUAUCACGAGUAA